AUGAAGGUCAUCGAGAAACAGUCGUCCGUCCUCACCAACUGGGAGGUCCUGAGCAUCGUCCGCGAACAAAAGGCCGAAUAUGAAGGCAGCGACGGCAGCGGCCGCACACGGCCCAUGCCCAGCAACCUGAGCCGCGUCCUCAUCGACGUCGAGGCGCAGCUUACCGACGCGUCAUCGCCGCUCGCCGGCAGCAACAAGUACCGCGAAAGCACCAUCCGCGCGCUGUACGUCCGGGCCCGCGAGGCGGGCUUCGAGAUCGAGAAGGCCGAGAUGCUCAUGAUCUUCAACCUGCGGCCCAAGUCGCUGGCCGAGCUGGACACCAUCAUGGAGGAGCUCGACGGUCGCUACGACGAGGCGAAGCAGGAGGAGCUCCUGGCCAUCGUCGGCGAGUGCCUGGGCCCGCUGGGCGACGGCGAGGCGGAGCCGGCGCAGGACGCGAAGGGCACCGACUGGAGGUUCGACAAGCACCGCCGGGGUGGCGCGGAGGUCGGGUUGAAGGGGGAGAGGCUUGACAAGGCCAUGGCAGGUGUGAGCUUGGGAGAGAAUGGUGUGUAG